AACUGGAUGGAGCCCACCACCAAAAUGAAGCUGAUUCUCAAAGCUGCACUCCUCCUCUACAGUGCCUGGGGUUUCCCUCUUUCUUCAACCUUCAGUAUUGAUACAGAAACACAGGUGAUUUUUGGAGGCGAUGCAGCUGCCCAGUUUGGCUAUCGUGUAGUCCAGAUAAGAGCAAACAGCAGGCCCUGGUUAAUAGUGAGUGCCCCCCUGUUGCCCAACCAUACGGAGACACUUUUCCGCUGUUCUUAUGAUACGGAGCAAUGCCAGCCAUUCCAAGUACCUCUGCGGCAAGACCAAAACAUCACCUCUGAAAUAUCCUUGGGUCUCUCACUGGCUGUUGACGAGGCAUCCGAUUCUAAACUAAUAGCCUGUGGUCCAACUUGGAAGCGCCGGUGCGGGAGAAACGAUUACCUGAAUGGUGUUUGCUAUAUCCUGGACAACUUUGACCAAAACUUGAAAGAGAUUCAUCCAGCUUUCCAAGAAUGCAUCACUGGGGUGGAUGCUGUGAUCUUAUUUGAUGACUCCGGGAGCAUUCGUGAUGCUGAUUUCACCAUCAUGCUGGAUUUUAUCCAGAAGCUUAUGGCUUCUGUGGCUGAGCCAGAUGUUCAGUUUGCUGUUGUCCAGUUCUCUUCUGAUCCCAACAUCGUGGUUAAUUUUGCUGAUUAUGCCCGCCUUGGAGGCCAGGUGAAUGAUACAAUCCGCGGUGUCAAGCACAGGCGAGGGAAUACCUACACCCCCACUGCCAUUCGCUUUGUGGCGGAUAAGGUCUUCACCCUUGAGGGGGGCAUGCGACAGCACUCCAAGAAACUGCUCAUCGUCCUGACAGAUGGGGUAUCCAAUGACGAAAAGGUCACAUUUGAUGAAGCCGAAGAGGCCACAGAUAAAAAAGGAGUCAUCCGCUAUGCCAUUGGGGUUGGUAGAGAAUUUCUGACUUCACGGCGAGCUCGAGAUGAGCUGCGCAACAUCUCCUCAUCACCUGAGAAUGUCUUCUCCGUGAGAAGCUUUGAGGCACUUCCUACACUUCAGAAACAGCUGAAGGAGAAGAUCUUUGCCAUUGAAGGGACCUCUGGAGUUUCUCCUGGCAGUUCAUUCCAGCAAGAAUUCUCACAAGGUGGAUUCAGCACGCUCCUCACCCCUGAGCAUGUGGUGUCAGGAGCUGUUGGUGCCUAUGGCUGGGCUGGGGGUCUGGAGGAAGAGUCCUUGGGGGACCGUCCCCAGAUCAGCUUCAUGAGCAUGUCUUUGUCCAAGGUGGAGUUCAAGGACUCAUAUCUGGGCUAUGCUGUGGCACUGGCUCAUCGUGGCCAACGGAAGUUCUACGUAGCCGGGGCUCCACGGUACCAACAUGUUGGGAGGGUGGUUGUCUUCGAAAGCCUGAGCAAACGGAAAACGGCUUUCACUGGGGGCAAGCAGCUUCAGGUGGGUUCCUACUUUGGUGCUGAGCUUUGCUCUGUGGAUCUAGAUGCGGACGGGGACACGGACCUCAUCUUGAUUGGGGCUCCCCUUUACUACAACGGGAUACAAGGAGGGCUUGUUGAAGUCCACUCUAUUACUCUCAGGGGUCGCCUCAAUCACCUCCAGACACUUCAUGGGAUCUCUGGAAACCGGCUGGGCCGUUUCGGGUCUGCUCUCUCCUCCCUGGGGGACGUGAGUGGAGAUGGCCUUGCAGACGUGGCUGUCGGGGCCCCCAUGGAAGAUGGAGACCAUGGGGCUGUUUACAUCUUCCUUGGAGAAGGAGACAGACUGCGGGAACAGUACAGUCAGCGGAUCACUGCCACCACUCUCUCCCCAGUGCUGAAUUUUUUUGGCCAGUCUCUCCAGGGAAGAUUGGACCUGAGUGGAGAUGGACUGACUGACCUGGCUGUUGGGGCGCUAGGAAAUGCCGUGCUUCUUCGGUCCCGGCCCAUCUUCACUGUCGUCUCUUCACUGAAUUUCUCACCUCGCUCGAUCCCCCCGGAUGAUCCUAACUGUGCAAAUGGGAAAGUUUCAGGAGUUGGCCCACGUGGGAGCUUCAGUCUUUGUUUCACCCUGAAACUCAUCAGCACCAAAUGGAGUGCUCUCCGAGCCACCAUCUCCUUUGAUCUCCGGGUUGACACUUCCCAGUCUGUGCCACGCCUGACUCUAGAGAAAGAGGCACGCAACAUCUCGAAGACCAUCCAUGUGGGAACGGUGCCCGUUUGUGUCAACAAGACGCUCCAGGCUCAGCUCUGCUUGGAUGAUACUGUCUCUCCAGUAGUGCUGAAAGCAAAGUUCUCGGUUGCAGAAGAACCAGAUACCGCUUCCAGGAACCUACGACCCGUCCUUGAACCCGGGACCAACUUGUCCACCACGCUUGAGGUUCCUUUCCAACAGAACUGUGGCUCAGAUGACGUUUGUACGUCUGAUCUUCGGAUCUCUUUUAACUUUUCUGGGUCAAAGGGUCUCAAACUGACUCCCAGUUUCAUACUGAACUUAACUGUGAAACUGGAAAAUGCGGGUGAGACGGCCUAUGAGGCAGGCCUUUCCUUCUACUACCCCCCUAUUUUGUCUUUCCAGGGAGCUUCGGUUCUUCAGUCGACCUGGCGUCUGUCCCCUUUUUGUGAAAUGCACGGAUCCCAAAGCAACACGUCCGUCCGCCACAGUGCCUGCCGUUUCAGCCCACGGGAUCUCAAGGAAAGCACGCAGGCCUUCCUCCGGCUUUCCUUCCGAGCCUCCAGAAAUGACUCCUGGGAUGAGAAGUCUGUUUCCCUCACUGUCCGAGCCCAGAGUAAGAACGAGAAUGACACGCUGGAUGACAACGAGGCCACGGAGUGGCUCCCCGUGCUGCAUCCUGUCAACGUCAUUGUGAAGGGGCUGGAGUCCACAACAUACCUAAAUUUCUCUACUGGGAGGUUAGAGCCAAAGAUUAUCUCCCACAGCUAUGAGGUCAGGAAUUUAGACCAACGCCCCAUCCUGGUCAACGUGACCUUCGAUUUCCCACUGCGGACUUCAGUGGGAUUUUUCUGGAACGUAACCCUGAUCCACAGUGGAGUGAAGAGCCAGUCCGUGUGCACGCAUCCGGUCACCUUCCAGAUGGCAAAUGUGCAGAACUCCAAGGAACCCAUCCCAAGAGGGUGCCUGGGGGCUUCCGCCUGCACCCGGGUCCGGUGCCUGAUUGCCAGUCUCUCCCAAGAGUCCAUCCGGUUCAAUUUUUCUGGGGAGUUUUUCAGACCUCAAAGUGAUUCCAAGCUGCAGUCUCAGAAGCUCCAUCUUCGCAGUGAGGCAUCAGUGGUGAUAGAUGAGUCUAGAUUUUUCCAGAAUCAGCCAGAGGAAUUUCAUUACAGCCAGAUCACCACAGAAAUUGAGAUAAUUUCGCCAUUCAACCCCAUUCCUAUCAUCGUCGGCAGCAGCAUUGGAGGCCUUGUGCUCUUAGCCGUUCUAGUGGCCGUCUUGUACAAGUUUGGAUUCUUCAAGCGCAACCGCAUGCCCCAAACGGGUGAGGCCCCUGCUGGACAAGGUGCACCUGUGGAACAAGCGGCCCCACCGGCAGCCCAGGCAUCGACUAACUCCUGAGAGGGGAAGAGGAUGGUGGAAUCGGGAGGAGCCCGAGAGCCAGGAUUCUUGGGGGUUUUGAGACAAGGACGGGGCAGGUGGAUAAGAACAAGGCAGACUGGGAGGAAAGACUCGUGAAAA